UCUACCGGCGGCUUGAAAACUUAAUUAAAGUACAUGAUAGUGUUAUUGACUUUGCUUUGAAAUGUGCUAUAAAAGAAGAGAAGAAUCCACCGAGAGAGGAAAAAGGUAGAAAUUUAGGAGAAAACAAUCAAAAUAAUGUCAAAACUACCAACUGCCAAUAGUAUUGAUGAGAUCAACAAGCCUGCAAAUAUACUCACAACGCAAAGGGCAGUUAUAAUUUCCUUGUUCGUGACGGUGGGAUUUUCGUGCUUGCUUCUUUAUCAUUCGGCACAUCCUUUCGAGUUCUUGCCUAGCUAUGAAGAUCUUAUAUCGCCAUUAAUGAAAUCACAGCAGGCAAGUCCUUUUGAUUCUAAACUAGAAACAAUUCUAGCAAAAGCUGCAAUGAAAGACAAGACAGUGAUCAUAACAACCAUGAAUCAUGCAUGGGCGGAGCCUAAUUCUAUAUUUGAUAUAUUUUUGAAGAGUUUUCGUACUGGAAAUGGAACGCGUAAAUUUUUAGAUAAUUUAGUGGUAGUAUCGUUGGAUGAAAAGGCGCAUGCUCGUUGCAAAUUGAUUCAUACUCAUUGCUAUGCUCUCAACACUUCUGGCUUUGAUUUUUCUGGUACUGAAGCUUAUUUUAUGACCUCAAACUACUUAGAGAUGAUGUGGAUCAGAAUUCGCCUUUUGUCUACUAUCCUUCAGAUGGGCUACAACUUUGUAUUUACGGAUGCUGACAUUGUGUGGCUUCAAGAUCCAUUUCCACAUUUUUACCCAGAUGCAGAUUUUCAAAUUGCAUGCGAUAACUUCAAAGGCAACCCAUCCGAUUUACGCAAUUCACCAAAUGGAGGAUUUAACUAUGUUAAAACAAACUAUAAAACGAUUGAAUUUUACAAGUUUUGGUACUCUUCUAGAUUAACAUAUCCAGGCUUACAUGACCAAGAUGUCCUUAACAAAAUCAAAUUUAAUUCACGCAUUUCCGAGACUGGAAUCACAAUUAAAUUUCUCGACACAGCAUAUUUUGGUGGAUUUUGUGAGCUUAGUAAAGAUUUUAACCUUGUUUCCACCGUGCAUGCAAAUUGUUGUUUUGGUUUAGAGAGCAAAGUUCAAGAUCUUAAUCUUGUUCUUGAGGAUUGGAAAAGUUUUAUGCAGUUGCCUCCGAGUGAGAAAGCAGAAAAAAAAAAUUCUUGGAGAGUGCCCAAGAAUUGCAGUCUCAAAGCCUUCCAUCCUCCCUCCUUUCCUCUCCUGCUCCGAAGGAAACUUUAG